AUGACCAGAAAAAAGGUAGAAAUCGUUCAGCGCACCAUCCGCAGGGCUAAGGCGCAUGGCAAGCCGGAGCAGCGGUCGUAUGGAAAGUUCAGCGUACAUCGAAAACCAUUUACAUGGUUCUCAACGGACGCUGAAGAGGCCAUAGAACAGCGGAUCCGAAACUCGCACAUGGCCUCAGCAAAAGCAACCUCCCGAGCGAAUCCAGGAGAAACAAAAAGUGCAGGUGCUGGAGACGCUUAA